AUUAAUGCCGAAAAGAUUUAAUAUUUUUUGUUUUGAAAUAUCUUGUUUGAAUAUUUAAUUUCUCACACUUUUUGGAGUUUUUCAAAAUUUGAACUAAUCAUGUCUGACAUCUCACGGAAUUGCCCUUACCUUGACACAAUUAAUCGACAUUUAUUAGAUUUUGAUUUUGAAAAAUUAUGUUCUAUAAGUUUAUCCAAAAUUAACGUUUAUGCCUGCCUUGUUUGUGGUAAAUAUUUUCAAGGCAGAGGAAUUGGAACUCAUGCUUAUGUCCAUUCAGUGGCAACUGAUCAUCAUGUUUAUCUUAAUUUAGAAACCCUCAAGUUUUAUUGUUUACCUGAUAAUUACGAAAUCAAAGAUUCUGCUUUAGAUGAUAUCACAUAUGUUUUGAUGCCCACUUUUAGCUCUAAAGAAAUUGAGGAAAUCGAUAAAAGUUCAAAGUUCUGUAGAGCUUUUGAUGGAAGAACUUAUCUGCCUGGCAUUGUUGGUCUAAAUAAUAUCAAACACAAUGACUAUUGCAAUGUUAUCUUGCAAGCUUUAUCUCAUGUUCCUCCUUUACGGAAUUACUUUUUGAGAGAAUGCAAUUAUGAAAAACUGGCUGCAAAACGACCCUCUGGUGAUAAUUUGUUUCUUCUUGUCCAACGUUUUGGUGAGUUGAUGAGGAAACUAUGGAAUCCGCGGAACUUUAAAGCUCAUGUUUCACCUCAUGAAAUGCUACAAGCUGUUGUUUUAUCUUCUCAGAAGAAAUUUCAGAUUACUGAGCAAGGUGAUCCGGUUGAAUUCAUGUCAUGGUUUCUUAAUUCUCUCCAUAUUGCUUUGGGAGGCAAACAAAAAACUAAUUCUAGUAUAAUUUAUAAAACAUUUCGUGGCUCAAUGAAAGUUUAUUCUAGAAAAAUAAUUCCAUUGGACAAGUCUAUCGAUGAACGCUUACAAUUGAUGCUACAAGAUGAAUACAAAGAAGUAUGUGCUGAUUCAAAUUUUCUUUAUUUAACUUUGGAUUUACCACCUCAACCAUUAUUCAAAGAUGAACUUCGAGAGAACAUAAUUCCUCAAAUUCCACUGUUUAAUUUACUUGCAAAGUUUAAUGGAGUCACAGAAACGGAAAAUAAAACAUACAAGGAAUCCUUCAUGAGAAGAUUUGAAAUCACACAACUCCCGAAAUAUCUGAUUCUCUACAUGAAAAGAUUUACAAAAAAUACCUUUUAUAUCGAAAAAAAUCCAACCAUUGUUAAUUUCCCAAUCAAGGAUGUUGAUUUAACCGAACUUUUAUCUCCAGCCAAAAGAACUGACAAUAUUAGGUGUCAUUAUGAUUUAAUUGCAAAUAUUGUACACGAAGGUGAACCAGACCCUGGAAAAGGAGCUUAUCGUAUUCACGUACUUCACAGGGGCUCAGGAAAAUGGUUUGAGAUGCAGGAUCUUCAUGUUACUGAAAUUUUACCUCAAAUGAUAACCCUUUCUGAGUCAUAUAUUCAAAUAUGGGAAAAAGUAUUGGAUGGACCAGAAAUGGAAGGACAAAGUUCGUGAUUGGUUUUAUUCAGAAAUUUGAAACAGAUCGACUUGAUGGAUCUGACUGAUCGAUAUAAACCGAUUUUGUGAUUUAGACGUAACUGGACGCUUUAUCAACUGUAAGGUUUACAAACAGAUUAAGGAUCAAUUAAAAACAUUGCUGUAUUUUGGUUGAAACUUGAAAUUGAAAAAACUGUGUCAAUUAUUGAUGCAUGAAAAAAACCGCUGAAUCAAUCCAAACGUUUAUUUGCAAAGAGCUGAAAAUAAGAUGAGGUUAUCUUUCAAUUGCAAACUUUCACUUAAUAAUCUAAGAAUCUUAAGUUUAAUCACCUCAUAAUUAUGUUAACUUUAAGUAUUUUGGCUAAAAUACUCGUAAUUAUGGAUGAAUAGUCUGAAUUUUGUCCAAAACGAAAGUCAUAAUUAAAUAUUUAUUGCAUAAAAAUUAAUAAACCAAUUAUCAAAAGCA